CAUAUAUGGUUCUGUCUCCUAAUCUCAUCAACAAAACUACGUACAAUGAGUCUUUAUUUUCUGACAAUAUUUUAUGCGCUGCUCCACGGCUCACUUAAAAGUGGGGAGGCAAAGUGCAUAGAGAGGGAGAGACAAGCACUCCUCAACUUCAAACAAAGUCUCUUAGAUGACUAUGGCAUCUUGUCUACAUGGAGUGACUAUGACGAUGAUUGUUGUAAAUGGAAAGGCAUUCGGUGCAACAAUGAAACUGGUCACAUACAACUACUUCAUCUUCCUUGUACAGAUACACAAUUUUUGAGAGGUGCAAUUGAUCUCACUUCAUUGAAACCCUUGCAAAAUAUUCAACAUCUUGAUCUCAGCAAUAAUGAUUUUCAAUGGACUCACAUCCCAGAAGAGCUCAAGGGCUCUUUCACCAACUUAACAUAUCUCAAUCUCUCAUAUUCUACAUUUGGUGGGAGCAUUCCUUCUAAACUUGGAGAUCUUUCACAACUACAAUAUCUAGACCUCGGAAGGAAUUAUCUCCAUGGAGUAAUUCCUUUUCAGAUUGAGAAUCUUAGACAGUUACAAUAUCUUGAUCUCGGACACAAUGAUCUUUCGGGAGAAAUCCCGUAUCAAAUUAAGAAUCUCAAACAGCUACAAUAUCUUAAUCUCGGAAGAAAUACUCUUUCUGGAGGUAUCCCUUUUCAGGCAGGAAAUCUUCCUCUCUUGCAUACUCUCCGGCUGGGUGGCAAUUUUGAUAUAAAAGAUAAGGAUGUAAAGUGGUUCUCUAAUCUUUCUUCUUUAACAACUCUUGAGUUCACUUCAUCAUACAAUCUUAUUCACUCUCGUCACAUGCUACAAAUUAUUGGUAAGUUUAUUCCAAACUUAAGAGAGUUGAGACUUGUUGAUUGUUCUCUCUCAGAUGCUGAUAUCAGAUCUUUGUUUUAUUCUCAUUCCACUUCUCUUACCAUUCUUGAUCUUUCUUCUAAUGUGCUAACAUCCUCAACAUUUCAAUUGUUGUUCAAUUUUAGCCUUAACCUGCAGGAGCUUUAUCUUUCUCAAAAUAACAUUGCUUUGACAUCUCCUCUUUAUCCCCAUUUUCCAUCUCUUAAGAUCCUUGACCUUUCUUAUAAUAAUCUCACAUCAUCAAUGUUUCAAGGUAAUUUUAAUUUUGGAUCAAAACUAAAAGAACUUCAUCUACAAAACUGCAGUCUUACAGAUAGAAGUUUUUUUGUUUCAUCUACUUCCACAAUGAAUUCCUCAUCUUCUCUUCUCUACCUUCGUCUUUCCAAUAACUUGCUGAAGUCAUCUACUAUAUUUCAUUGGCUUUUUAAUUUCACUACCAAUAUUCAUACCCUUUACCUUUAUGAUAACUUGUUAGAAGGUCCCAUUCCAGAUAAAUUUGGUAAAGCCAUGAAAUCUCUAGAAGAUCUUGACCUCUCCGAUAACAAAAUACAAAGUAAGAUUCCGUCUUUCUUUGGGAAUAUGUGCAAAUUGCAGAGAUUAUACCUCUCAAAUAAUAAGUUGAAUGGUGAAAUUUCUAGCUUCUUUCAAAAUUCUUCAUGGUGCAACAGACACAUAUUUCAAACUUUGGAUUUGUCUUAUAACCAAAUUUCUGGUAAGAUACCUAAAAGCAUCAGAUUGCUAUCUGAGUUGGAGGGCUUAUCCUUGGAGGGGAAUUCUUUAGUAGGUGACAUCACUGAAUCUCAUCUUUCUAAUUUUUCCAAAUUAGAAUUCUUAUGGUUAUCAUACAACUCAUUGUCUCUAAAAUUUGUCCCUAGCUGGAUUCCUCCUUUUAAAUUAAAAUAUUUGGGUGUAGGAUCUUGCAAGCUAGGCCCAACUUUUCCUAGUUGGCUCCAUACUCAAAGUUCCUUAGUUGAUUUAGAUUUAUCUGAUAAUGGGCUUAAUGAUUUUGUACCAGAAUGGUUAUGGAACAACUUGCAAAUUAUGUACCAGUUGAAUAUGUCUCACAAUAGUCUCAUUGGUGAAAUUCCUAAUAUACCAUUGGAACUUUCUGGAAGACCAUCUAUAAAUCUGGUUGCAAAUCAAUUUGAGGGCAAAGUUCCGUCAUUUUUGCUUCAAGCUUCAGAGUUGUUGCUCUCUGUAAAUAAAUUUUCAGAUUUCUUUUCAUUCUUAUGUGACCAAAGCACAACUGCAGACUUGGCCACUUUAGAUUUAUCAAACAAUCAAAUAAAGGGACAACUUCCUGAUUGUUGGAAAUUUGUAAACCAGUUAUUGUUUCUAGAUUUAAGUAACAAUAAAUUGUCUGGGAAGAUUCCUAUGUCCAUGGGCACCCUUGAUAAACUGGAAGCCUUAGUUUUAGGAAACAAUAGUUUAAUGGGUGAAUUGCCUUCAACUUUAAAAAAUUGCAGCAACUUAUUUAUGUUGGAUGUCGGUGAAAAUAUGUUGUCUGGUCCAAUACCAUCUUGGAUUGGAGAAAGUAUGCAACAAUUGAUUAUCUUGAUCAUGCGAGGAAAUCUUUUCUCUGGAAAUUUUCCUAUCGAGUUAUGUUUUCUGAAGCGUGUUCAACUAUUGGAUCUUUCAAGGAAUAAGUUGUCAAAAGGAAUUCCAACAUGCUUAAAGAGAUUUAAUGCAAUGUCUGAAAGGACCAUAAACAGAAGUGAAACUAUAAAUCUUAUAUACAUGAACAAUAUUACGAACUAUGAAGUUUAUGGUCUUUUACUUAGUGUUGAUUAUACACUUGGCAUAACAUGGAUGUGGAAAGGUGUGGAUCGCAGCUUUGCAGAUCCUGAAUUGAUUCUUAAGAGCAUUGAUCUCUCAUGUAACGAGUUAACAGGUAAAAUACCAAAAGAGAUUGGAUAUUUGGUUGGGUUAGUUUCUUUGAAUUUAUCAAGAAACAAUUUGAGUGGAGAAAUUCCUUUUGAGAUUGGAAAUUUAAGUUCAUUAGAUUCCCUUGACUUGUCAAGAAAUCAUUUAUGUGGAAGAAUUCCUUCUUCUCUUACACAAAUUGACGGUCUAGGAAAAUUAGACUUGUCACACAACUCUCUCUCAGGAACAAUCCCAUUGGGAAGACAUUUCGAUACCUAUGAUGCCUCUUGCUUUGAAGGAAAUAAUGAUCUUUGUGGUGAACAACUUAACAAAAGUUGUCUGGGAGAUCACACAACAGUGAAGCCUCAACAACCAACGGUGCAUGGAGAAGAUUCUGUUUUCCAUGAAGCAUUGUACAUGAGCUUGGGGAUAGGAUACUUUGUAGGCUUUUGGGGCUUAAUAGGGCCAAUACUAAUUUGGAAACCUUGGAGAAUUGUCUACAUGAUGUUCUUGAACAGAUUUACAAACUGGGUAACUGUAGUGAAUGUGCCAAAGUUCUGCAAGUGGCACAAAGCUAGAUUAGCAGCUCUGGUGAUGGUCUCAACCCAAUAAUAGAUGAGUUCUCUGUGCUUUCCUUAAUUUUCGUGUCUCGCAGGUCUCUGGGAGUGAAUCUCAUUACACUGUAGUUUGCUCGAGUCUUGGUGUCAGAUCUAUCCAUGAGAAUGAAUUUGUUAAAUCGAAAUCUCAACUUUGCAAAGCUUAUGAUCCACAAGUUUCGAGAGGAGGUGGUGGUUUUGAAGGGUUUCGUCAAGUUCUCAGACAAAUAUGAAACUUUAUGGAGUGAGUUCUUUUAAGUCAUUUAGAAAGAUUCAGUUCUGGGGAGCUAUUUGUAAUUGUGAAAUCUAUUAUUGCUUUCAUAAUUUUUGUAAUAGCAAAUAAUUCACCUGUGAUUGUCUUUUGAAAAAGAAAAAUCAAAUAAUGUAUAUUAUUAUCACACUUCCUACUUCCUUGUUUGACCAAUGCUGAUGACAAAGACCAUAA